AGCCGGGGCGAGCGGCCCAGCAGCGCCGGGAGCGUCGGGCGCCUUGGAAACGGGCGGAAGCCGGGAAGGAGCGGCGGCAGGAGGAUGCUGAGCCCCGAGCGGCUCUCGCUGCCCGGGCCCGAGUACCUGGCUCAAAGACAUGUCCUCACGUACAUGGAGGAUGCAGUGAGCCAGCUGCUGGAGAACAGAGAAGAUAUUAGUCAGUAUGGCAUUGCCAGGUUCUUCACUGAAUAUUUUAACAGCGUGCGGCAAGGAACACACAUUUUGUUCCGUGAGUUCAGCUUUGUCCAAGCCACCCCUCAUAACAGGGCAUCUUUUCUUCGGACCUUCUGGAGGUGUUUCCGAACUGUGGGGAAAAAUGGAGAUUUGCUGACAGYGCAGGAAUACCACUGCCUGCUGCAGCUGCUCUGCCCUGACUUUCCAAUGGAACUCACCCAAAAAGCAGCAAGGAUUGUGCUGAUGGAUGAUGCAAUGGAUUGCCUGAUGUCUUUUUCUGAUUUCCUCUUUGCUUUCCAGAUCCAGUUCUACUAUUCAGAGUUCCUGGAAAGUGUGGCUGCCAUUUAUCAAGACUUACUGGCUGGUAAGAAUCCAAAUACUGUGAUUGUGCCAACAUCAUCCUCUGGACAACAUCGGCAGCGCCAACYCCCAAAUGACUGCAACCCACUCGAAGGAGUAGAGGCAUCUCUCUUCUACCAGUGCCUGGAAUCCUUGUGUGACAGAUCAAAAUACAGCUGUCCACCUUCUGCUCUUGUGAAGGAAAUGUUGAGUAGUGCACAGAGAAUGACCUUCUAUGGAUUCCUUAUGGCUCUUGCAAAGGAUCAGGGCAUCAAUCGAGCCCUAGGAAUUCUGCCAGAUAAAGGAGACUUGUUUCUGGACCCUGCCAUGGAUCAGGAACUUGAGAAAUUGGUAGCUCAGGUUUCAGGCCUUUCUGUCUCCGGUCCUGCCAGCUCCAGUGCAGACACAGCUAAUAUGCCCAUUCGUAAYUCACCCAGGAUUAACUCACCCUGGAAACCUUUGCACCAUCGUCGAAAAAUGGAUGCUGAGAGUGAAGGCUCCAAUGAAGAGACAGACUCCUCUGAAAACUGAAGGUUGUGAGGGUGGGCACCAUUCCCAUCUUGGUUUCUCCAGAACCCACUGGAGGAACAGCACCUCCUCCCAGAGCAUCUUCUCUGCAGUAGGUUCUGUCUACAUCACCAGUGUCUGUGUGGCUGUGCUAAUCCCAGUGCCGGGUGCACCCAUCGUUUCCCAUGAACAACUUGCCUGUUUCUUAGCUCCAAAUCCGUGCAGAAAUAGCUCCUCUGCAGAAGCCAUUUACAGCUAGAGUUGUGCUUCCCUCUGCUGGCAGGCAAGGCAAGCCAGCAGCCGCCAGCUCUGCCACCACUUGGAAACAGCCGGGUAAGCUCUCAUUGGGGCGCUCUCUCCCAGUUCUGCAGUUCCGCAGGUGCUGAAGCAGUGGGAGCACUAGUGCAGGCUGCUUGCCAGUGUUUUGUUGUGUAGUUGUUUAGAUUUGGCCCAGAUAACAGUGAUUAAAUCACCACUGCACUUGUGUUCCAUUAUUAUUCCCAGUAAAACUGUACCUGCAUAUGAUCAAAGGUAAGGAAAUACCUGAAAUUCCUAAAAAAAGGCAGCUUAGAUAUUGCCAGGCAACCUGUCUCUGCUUUGUACUUUCUCCUCCAUGUGGCCAAGAUUUGCCAAAGCAAAUACAGCAAAUAAGCUAGAUUGCAGUAAMUACUGCAUGGUGCUGUGGCUCUGCUGCUGUACUGAGUGCUUCCUUCUGUGAGGUCUCCCCCUCCCUACAACAGCGUAUUACAGUCAUUUGGAAAAGUGAAUUUCAGAGGAUUUGGAAGAGAGGGUCUUUAAAUUCUUUGGUAUUAAAGAAUACAGGUGGUAUGGCUUGCAAAGAUGUAGAGCACCUGUUGGGAUUGGAUGGGCAGAAGGACUAAGAGAAAACGAUACAGUUCUCAAAUGAGAUCAGUUGCGUUUUUUUGUAAAUAUUGUAGCAGCAGUAUAGCCAUUACAACUGCAAAAAUAAGUAGCAUCACAUUGCAUUAAUGGCACCUAAUUCAAAUUCACCUCCACGGACAUGAACACUUUGUCUAUCCCAGCUCCUGUGCCCCAGCUUGCAGAAAUUAGUUAUUUCCUGGGAAACUUUGCUUUUUCAUGCUUCUCCGGAGCCUCCUUGCUCCUCCUGGUCCUGAAGUGCUGCAGCAUGGGCCACCAGGAGCUGGUAACCCAAAGCUUGUACCAGGGUGCCAGUAGUGUUAUUUAUUUAUUUUAAAUUAUUUAUGAUCUGUGCAUUCCCUCCCAGCUUGGUGAGUGGCUGCAACAGCCUGGCAAUAAAGCACGCUGUGUCAGGCCUCUGCUGUUUGGGUCUUCGUGUCUUCUGAGYUCCUCCUCAGGGGGAGUGGUAUCUGGUGGGCAGGACCAGCGCAGGGCUCCUGCCGCCUUCCAGGGCGCCUCCAGCCCUGCGCCUCGGCCGGGGAAGACGCCAGCCCCAACCCCGAGUGCCAGGGUGGCACUUGCGGCCAUGCCCCGACCGCCACUAGGAGCGCUUACCCUGCAGCUGCACCACCAUUCGCGGCCCGCCUGGGCAUUGUGACACSGAGGGCACAGGGACAAGGAAGACUCGACCCGCCCCCCACCGCAGUGAUAAAUCAGCACAGAAAGGCCAAGUAACCCCUYCCCUCCCACCUGCAGCUACCACAGCCCUGCAGCUGGACAGGAGAGCAAUGCCCUUGCAAGCCUCUUCCCAGUCUAAAACAGAAGGCUCCAGAACAAACAGCCCCAGCCCAGUUACACACAUACUAGUGUGUAA